AUGGCGAAAGCAUAUGGAAAAAGCAGGUCACUUCGAAUAACAUCAAUUAGAAAAUUGAAAACAUUUUUGCUAGAGACUGGAUUACAGAUUAUUCAAAUCUGUUUAAAUGAGGAAAAAUUGAAUCAACAGGCUGUUUAUGAUGAAACGUUUGAAGUUAGGAUGAAGUUAAUUUUUUUUGUACAAUUUUUUAAACUUUCUAUCCUUAGCGUAUUCAUGAAGAUCAUCAACAAAUUGCAACAGCAGCAGCAAAUCAUCGGCCACAAAAAACACCCACACUUACCGACAUUUUCCUUCCCAUCGACGUCAUCAUCAACUUCUUCAUCGUCAUCGUCAACCACAACGAGCUACGGUAGAUUCGUCACUAAUCAGACACAGGCAGCAAACAUUAAGACCCCUAACGGUCAUGCCGGGAGCAAUCAAAACAGUUAUAACGACAGCAACUACAACAGCAGCAACGACAGCAGCAACAACAACAAAUCCAACGUUGAUAGCUGCCACACAAAGAGGGACAAAGAUGUAAACACACACAUCAAUGCAAAUUUUUCAUCAACGGGAAAUCAUUCUUUAAAUAAUAUCAAAUCAAGUAGCUAUAAUUUUGCUUACAAACUGAACAGCGCAUCCAACAACUUCGAAAAUUCAAAAAUAAGUCACGAAACUAACAAUGACAUGAAGUACUUAAAUUCUUCCAACAAAACAAACCCAACGGAAAGUCACCUAACAAACGAGGAAAGAAGUAAAAUGCUCGAGCCAACGGAAGUUACAAACAAAAACCACGUUAGUAGCACAGACAACGUUAACAAUAAAAGUAUCAGCUUACCCAACAGCGUUCCAACGGGACUCGAUAAAUACGAAUUUCUUGCUGAAAACAAUUUGAAAAGUAACAGUCAAGUACACAGUGACAACAAACACACAAUCAGUAACUACAAACACCAAGAAACCAACGACAAAAUCAUUUCCAACAACAAUACUCCAAAAAGUGAACAUUGUUCGAACGUUGUCAAUCUCAUCAACAAACACCACCCAAACAACACACUGGCAAAUUGCAUGAACUCUUCCAACCAGCGGACCAGCGGAAUGAAUCUUUCUUCAACGUCGACUGUUUCCCUACAAACUUUGCAACUUAACGAACGCCACUCAACAACAACAUUACUAGCAACAUCGUCAACAAUAUCGUCAACAACAUCGUCAACAACAUCAUCUCUAGUAACAUCAUCAACAACAUCAUCAUCUAAACUCAACAAGAAACAACAACUCUACGAACGACUUGUUCGUGCGGAGGAAAUUAAAAAUAGAAUAAAGAAAAGAAUGAAACGGUCUGCUGAGGUUUUUGAAGAUGAUGGAAUCAGCCGAUGUAAAAGUCAUUCUGAUGAUGACGACAACAGCAGCACUGCUGAUAGCGAUGGCGAGAUAAAAAGGAAACGGCAUAAAACGGAUAAUGCUGCACAGCUGAAAAGAACUCAUGAUAAUAUCUGGAGUCAUGUUGAAAAUGUUUCUGACAGUGAUGAUAACGAUGAGAAUGAGGAAGAAGAUGAGACGAAUGAUCGUUGCAGCUAUAAAAAUUUAUUAAAUAGUGCAUUACCUCAACUCACAUAUUAUAUUAACUUAGAAAAUAAUGGAAAAGUAAAAAAUGAAUGCAAUGACAUGGAGAAAGAUAGGGAAGAAGAAGAAGAAGACGAUGAUGGUAAUAAUGGAGAUGAUGGUGGAGAUGAAAAACGAGGUGAAAUGAAAACAAUUCAAAAUAAAAAUUGCAGCGUAAAUAAUAAUAACAACACCAUCAUAUCCAACAAUGAUAAUGAUGAUGAUGGUAACAAUAACAAUAAUAAUAAUAAUAGUGAUAGCAACAACAACAAUAAUAAUAAUAUUAAUAAUCACUUCCAAAAUCUAUCACCUGUAAGCACAGCAACAACACAUUACACAACUGCCAGCCAGCAAACAACAGCAGACUCCUUGCAUGGCACAUCAGUCGGAAAUGUGAGACUAGUGGAGAAUAUAACAACUGAAACGUCAUCGUCAACAUUGGAAACAUUAUUAUCAACAUCCUCGUCAAACUCAUUACCAUUUUUAUUAUCAUCGUCGUCAUCAUCAGCAGCAUCAUUAUCAACAGCAGCAACAGCAGAAGCAACAGCAGCAACAACAAAAGCAACAGCAGCAGUAGCAACAUCAUCAUCAGUGCAUGCGACAAACACAAGCAUUAACGUCCAAUAUAACAUCAUUCCCAAAGCAGAAAUUGACGAUUACGAUCAGUAUCACCUCUAUUACGCAAGAAGUAAUAAUAAGCAAAGUGAUACAAAAAGGAGUUAUAUAGAAGAGCUAUACGGCAUCAGUGAUCAAAAUAAAUUUUCAACAAGCAAGACACAUCAUUUCGAUAGCAACUCUGGAAAUUUUUGCCUAACGAGCCGCAACGACAAUAGUUACAACGCUGUGGACAAUGACGUAUAUUACUUCACUUCAAAUGAAAGGCGAGAAAACGACAACAUUGCUGAACAACGACAAACAAACACAGCGAUCUACGACAAAGGCGGUGCAAUAGAAAAUAUUGAAACCAUAUUUCAGCGGUGCAACAACAACAAACAUGUUAACAAACUUAUUGCCACAGGAAGCAAAAAAACGAACAACUACACGACAAACAUCAACGCAAACCACGUGACCAGCAACAACGCAGAUAGUCUUCAGGCCCUAGCGGACACAGCCUGUCUGUACAACAGCCUAAAAAUGGAACUGACAAAAGUGUGCAACGACUUGUUGAAGAGCACUUUGAUAGAAAGAGCGCUGAGGAAACGAGUGAAACUACUCAACGAGCGGAAAAAUGAAAUCAUCGCGUUGCUAUGGCUGCAAAGUGGUCAUGAUAAUAGUGCGUAUGAAGUUCAAGAUGACGAGGAAGAUGGUGAUAAUGACAAUCGGCAUAGUGAUAAUCAGGUUGUCAUCAGCAACAUUAUCAAAACUCACACCAACAACUACAACAUCAACAAAAACAUUAACAACAGCAUUUCACCUAACUUCAACUACGUAAAUUUAAUACAUGUUGAUGAUUUUAACAAACGCUUAAAACUUCUCAAUCAAACAAAUAUUAACGGCAUCUUGGUAAAUAAAAGAGACAACAACAACAACCUAUCUUUCCAACAUACAACAAACAUUAGCAACAACGACAACAUAACAACAAUCACCAGCAUGGAGCGUAUUAACAGCAUUGAACAUACAAAUGUUCACUACAAGGAAAUAAUUACCAACCAUUCAGACAACUACAUCAAGUCAAUCAAUUUAAGCACCAAACGCAAUAACAUCAUCAACAACAACAUCAACAACACAAUUGACGUAAGCAACACCACUAACACCAACCAGACCUCAGUGGUUGAUGACGUCAACCUAGCCAGAAAGUACCCAGACCCCCCACCUGCACACACGCACAAGUACAAAACGGAGGUGUACACGCGGCUGGAUGAGGUGCGUCUGUUGGAAGCACACGUCAAUAAGACAUCUUUUAACGGCUGCUCCUAUUACGCAAGAAGAAUUAUCAAGAACUAA